GAAUCCCUUCAAAAGCAAGUGAGACUUGGAAGGCAGUUGCUCCUACCUUUCAGCCUGACUAUUCAGACACCCUAUGAAAAUGUUCCGGCUUUUCAGCCACACCAAAUGUUUCUUCCAGGCGAAACGGGCACUCCAGAGGCCACUGUGGCCAGCACAAUUUACAGCAGUGGUGCAACGUGGCAGUUUCUCCACCACUUCUGUGCGUCGCCAGACCGAAACUGUCCCCUCUUGGCCCAAAGAUGUUGGCAUCCUUGCUAUGGAAGUGUAUUUCCCUUCCCAGUAUGUAGACCAGACUGAAUUGGAGAAAUACGAUGGUGUGGACGCAGGGAAAUACACAGUGGGGCUAGGUCAGAAGCAAAUGGGCUUCUGUUCAGCCCACGAGGACAUUAAUUCGUUGUGUCUGACUGUGGUGCAGCAUCUGGUAGAGCGAAGCCAACUUUCCUGGAAUUCUAUUGGCCGACUGGAGGUUGGCACAGAGACAAUCAUUGACAAAUCCAAAGCUGUCAAGACGGUUCUGAUGCAGCUAUUUGAAGACUCGGGAAACACCGAUGUUGAGGGUAUCGACACUACGAAUGCCUGCUAUGGAGGAACAGCCUCUCUUUUCAAUGCAGCCGACUGGGUGGAAUCCAGUUCCUGGGAUGGACGCUAUGCCUUGGUAGUUUGUGGUGAUAUUGCUGUCUAUGCAACUGGAAACGCAAGACCAACAGGUGGAGCAGGAGCUGUGGCUAUGCUGGUUGGACCAAAUGCCCCGCUUACUUUAGAGAGAGGUGUACGUGGGACCCACAUGGAACAUGUCUAUGACUUCUAUAAGCCAGACUUAGCUUCUGAGUACCCUAUGGUUGAUGGACCACUCUCCAUACAGUGCUACUUCCGAGCCCUGGAUCGAUGCUAUGCCACAUACAGGAACAAAAUUGAAAAUCAGUGGCAGAAAGCUGGGAUAAACAAGCCUUGUACACUUGAAGAUUUCCAGUUCAUGAUCUUCCACACCCCCUUCUGCAAACUGGUGCAGAAGUCCCUGGCACGGAUGGUGCUGAAUGACUUCCUCGCAUCCCCCAGUGCUAACACUGAGAGUGGUAUCUACAAGGGGCUACAGGAAUUCAGAAAUGUGAAGCUGGAAGAAACCUACUCCAGCAAGGAGGUGGACAAAGCCUUUCAAAAGGCUAGUCAGGAGCUGUUUAGCCAGAAGACACAGCCCUCCUUGUUCCUCUCUGCUCGCAAUGGCAAUAUGUAUACACCAUCUGUAUAUGGCUGCCUCGCAUCUCUCCUAGCACAGUACUCUGCUCAGCAGCUGGCUGGCUCCAGGAUUGGCGUCUUCUCCUAUGGCUCUGGACUAGCAGCCAGCAUGUUCUCCCUGAAAGUGUCCCAAAAUUAUGAGGCAGGUUCUCCUCUGGAAAAACUGGUAUCCAGUCUUUCAGAUCUGGAAGUUCGGUUGAACUCUCGGAAAUGUGUUGCUCCUGAGAAGUUUGCUGAGAUCAUGAAAGUGAGGGAGGACACUCAUCAUUUGGUGAACCACACUCCUCAUGGGUCCAAGGAAGAUUUGUUUCCAGGGACAUGGUACAUAGAGCAAGUGGAUGACAAGAACCGCAGGAAGUAUGCACGGAAAACACUCUAAUAGGACUUUCCUGCCUCCCAGAUGUAUAGAGAGAGCUCAACAGUAUGUCUACACUGCUGAAGAUGACUACUGGAUUCCUGUCAUUCCUGUUUCUUGUCUGUAUUUUCUACCAGACAACUGUUUUAUUAUCCCUGCCAUUGUAUUUGUGGGCUUGCAACUGCUGUGCUCCUCAGUUUGUUUUGUGAAUGGCAGCUCCUUUAUUUUAAACACCUUUUGGAAGUGCCUUCUUCACUGGUUUACAAAAGAAUGGUCUGAGUGUAACACAUAUAUUUAUGGUCCGGUGAUAAGAGAUAAUACAAAGAGCUGAGUUCUGUGACAAUCUCCUGCUGGGAAAGACACUCAACUGCAGAACCCUUUGGCAUGCUUUAUAGCUAGUUCGUGUUCCUUUUUAAAAGCCAAGUUCUCAAAGUAUUGUCCUAGCUCUAACUGUUUGAAUGUUUGUAACUCUUAAUGGCAAACAUUUCUAACUGACUUGGAGAUAAAGUUGAAGGCUGGUAUUAAAAACCAACAAGAAUAAAAAAACAAAAAAACAAAA